AUGCAAAACAACAAAAAUUCUUCGGAACAAAUACUUGUAAGACGUUUGCGUCCAAUUUAUGAUGCUAUUGACGCUGGACAAUACAAAAAAGCAAUAUUAGAGGCAGACAAAGUUUUGAAAAAACAUUCACAAAUUAACGGAGCUCGUGCUCUUAAAGCUUUAGCACUUAUUAGAACAGGCAAAUUUUUAAUUUAUUUUUUAGAAUAUUUUUUAAUUUUAGACCGAACUAAUGAAGCUUUAAAUAUUUUGAGGAACCUCGAAACAGAUCUCGCUGAUGAAGAAUUUAAUGAAAAUACAAUUCAAGCAGUUUGCCAUUGUUAUAAAGAGUUAAAUAGUCCUGAACGAAUUGUUACACUCUAUGCUUUAUUGACCAAAAAAUAUCCUAAAAACGAAAAAUUGGCUCGAGAAUUGUUUUUUGCACAUAUUAGGACCAAAGACUUUCGACACCAGCAACAAAUCGCCACUCAACUUUAUAAGGACACAAAUAUGCCUCAAUAUUGUUGCUGGGCUAUUAUGAGUAUUUUAAUGCAAGGAUAUCAAAAUAAAAAGCUUGCUGAUUUAAUGCUUUUUCCACUCGCUGAAAAAAUGCUGGAAAAAUUGCCAAUAAAUGAUUUAUGUCGAAUGCAGGGAGGUAUUGAAUUACGUUUAAUUAUGCUUGAAUCUCGUGGAAGAAUUUCAGAAGCAAUCGAAUUUAUUGAAGUAAUUCAAAGGCAGAGGCUUUUUACGGAUAUUGACAAAAUGAGAUUAAAAAUUAAAUUAAACAAUUUAUAUCGUGCAUGUGGAAGUUCAAAUUCUUCAAUUAAAUGCAUUGAGGAAGAUAUGAAUGAAUGGACAAAUUGGGUUAAUUUAGUCGAUUUAAUAAUUACAAAAGUUUCUUCAAUAGAAGAUCAAUCACAAAGAGUCAGUUCUCUAAACAAACAUAUCGAAAUGUGGGAUGUUUUAAUGAGUGAAUGUUAUGGAAAAGUUUCGCAUGCAUCUGAAUUAAGAGGUCCAUUGAUGGGCCGUUUACUUUUUAUGGAUAAAAUUAUUAAUUCAAAUAUUUUAACAAAAGAUCAAUUAAUCGAAACAAAACUUGGAAGUCCUUUAAAGGCAUUAGAAGAACUUUCAGAUAUUGUUUGUGACAGACCUUUUGGCUUUGCUGAUAUGAAAUUAUUUCUUCAUUUAUUGAAAGAUGAAGAAGGGAAACAAUUAUUGGAUCAUAUUUCUUUUAUUACUGUUGGCAUUUAGAAGAAUAUUUUUUGGUUUUAUUAAAGAUAAGUCGGAUUUCUAGGCAUUAAAAGGCAAAAAUGGGGGUAUUUCAGACAAACUAUUUUGGAUUAUUAUUUUUUGAAUUUUAGUCAAUUAUAGAUCAUUUUAUGGUUUUUGAUUGAUUUUAGUAAAAUAACAGAUAUUUGCUUAAAAAUUCGACUCUUAGUAAAGAGAGACGUAGUGAUUUAUAUUAGGUUGUUUGCAAUAUAUAUUUUGUUGGUUUAUCAUUU